AUGAGUGCAGAACAAGACCCGCUACUGAGCGCUUUGGAGGGAAACUCUGGUGAAAGUGGAAAUUCUGAAAACAAUGCAAACAACAGCAACACUGCGACCAUAGAUCCGCAACAACAAGCCCAGGACUUGGCACAGGAAGCACGCCAGCGUGCUUUGUCGAGUUUCCGGAAAAAAAUCGCAGAACACAGACGUUACGAAGAUCAAUUGAAGAGCAAACGUCAGGGGAUUCGCGAUAUGGAAAAGGAAUACGAACGCACCGAAGCAGACAUCAGAGCGCUACAAAGUAUUGGCCAAUUGGUCGGUGAAGUGAUGAAGGAGCUUUCGGAGGAAAAAUACAUUGUCAAGGCUUCAUCAGGCCCCCGUUAUAUUGUAGGUGUGCGUAACAGUGUGGACCGUCAAAAACUCAAAAAGGGUGUACGUGUGACUCUGGACAUAACAACUCUCACAAUCAUGCGUGUUUUGCCUCGUGAGACAGACCCGCUUGUUUACAAUAUGACCUCAUUCGAACCAGGCGAGAUCACUUUCGAAGGUAUCGGUGGUUUGACAGAGCAGAUCCGCGAACUACGUGAGGUGAUAGAACUACCUUUGAAAAACCCAGAAAUAUUCCAAAGAGUGGGUAUCAAGUCCCCCAAGGGUGUUUUGCUGUAUGGGCCUCCCGGUACCGGUAAGACCCUGCUGGCAAAAGCCGUUGCCGCCACAAUUGGUGCUAAUUUCAUCUUUUCGCCUGCAUCGGGAAUUGUUGACAAGUACAUCGGUGAGUCUGCACGUAUCGUUCGUGAAAUGUUUGCAUACGCCAAGGAACACGAACCUUGCAUCAUAUUCAUGGAUGAAAUCGAUGCCAUUGGUGGUCGGAGAUUUAGCGAAGGUACAUCUGCGGAUCGUGAAAUUCAGCGUACGCUUAUGGAAUUGCUCACACAGAUGGAUGGUUUCGACAACCUGGGACAGACCAAAGUUAUUAUGGCCACAAAUAGACCGGACACACUUGACCCUGCUUUACUGAGACCCGGGAGAUUGGAUCGGAAAAUCGAAAUUAGUCUACCUAACGAGGCUGGAAGACUUGAAAUUUUCAAGAUUCAUAGCGCAUCCGUUAAAAAAGCUGGCGAGUUUGAUUUUGAAGCCGCAGUAAAGAUGAGUGAUGGUUUCAACGGUGCUGAUAUUCGUAACUGUAUCACAGAAGCAGGAUUUUUCGCCAUUCGCGAUGACCGUGAAUACAUUAUCCAAGACGACUUGAUGAAAGCGGUGAGAAAAGUAGCCGAAGUUAAAAAGCUUGAAGGUAAAAUCGAGUAUCAAAAGCUAUAA